AUGGCCAAGAAGGAGGGCGACCGCAAAUCCCUGGCGCUCCUAGGAUUUGCAGCGUUCUGGAUAUUGGAGCCUUGCAACUACGCGCGCCCGACCCCGGGCAGACACUCGCCCGAGCCUCGGGAGCGUGCCGGUGCCUGCAAGCCCAGAGAGCCGGCCAGCUGUCUCCUGAAGGAAAAGGAGCGCAAGGCGGCUCCGCCCGCAGCCACGGUCCCGGGGCCGGGCCUGGAGAGAACUGUGUUUCCCCAAGGCCUGACCUCUCGGGACACACCCAGUCCUGUGGACCCAGAUACAGUGGAGGUGCUGAUGACCUUUGAACCCGACCCAGCUGAUCUUGCCCUGUCAAGCAUUCCAGGACAUGAGACCUUUGACCCUCGGAGACAUCGCUUCUCAGAGGAGGAACUUAAGCCCCAGCCAAUCAUGAAGAAGGCAAGGAAAAUCCAGGUGCCAGAGGAGCAGAAGGACGAGAAGUAUUGGAGCCGGCGGUACAAGAACAACGAAGCAGCCAAACGGUCUCGUGAUGCCCGGCGGCUCAAGGAGAACCAGAUAACGGUGCGGGCGGCCUUCCUGGAGAAGGAGAAUGCCCUGCUGCGGCAGGAGGUGGUGGCGGUGCGGCAGGAGCUGUCUCACUACCGGGCAGUGUUGUCUCGCUACCAGGCACAGCAUGGGGCCCUGUGAGCGCCCCCCUUUUUCCUCACUCAGACUUGCGCCCUGACGCCUCUUCCCUUCCCCGCCUUGUGGCCCACAGGCUGGCCAGCUUGGUGUCCCAGGGACAUGAUGAUGCAGAUAAAUACAUUUAUAUUUUUAAGAAAAAGCGAGCCUCCCCCCUCCCAUGCGGGGGUGGGGAGGGUCCCGUGUGUGCUCAGACACGUGGGGGACCCCAUCCUUCCACUGCCUCCAUUAACACGAUCCUGAAUAAAUCUUGAGAACCC